AUGUCACCUACCACAGAUCAUCCAAAGGACAAUAAUGGCAUUGCCCCCACUUUAUCUGUCAAGAAGGUCCCCAGCCACGAAGACACCGAUAUGAGGAAAUAUAGUGAUGUGGAGAAUGUCGCCGGCCAGCUCGAGGAGUGCCAUGAGUUCAAGCAAGGUCUCCAUCAACGCCAUAUUCAGAUGAUUGCUCUGGCCGGCACUGUGGGAACUGGUCUGUUCCUCAGUUCCGGCCUUGCAAUUGUGAACUCUGGUCCUCUCGGAGCAUUUCUUGCCUAUUCCAUAAUUGGUGCUACGGCGGCCAGUGUGGUCUUUGGUGUCGGUGAGAUGGGUGCCUUGGCACCUCUCAACGGUGGUGUUAUUCGAUACUCAGAGAUCUUCUGUGACCCCGCACUAGCGUUCGCCAACGGGUGGAAUCAGGUGUAUUCCUACAUUGUGUCGAUUCCAUCGGAGAUUGUUGCUGCCUCUGUGAUCAUUGAAUUCUGGAUUACAGUGAACAAUGCGAUAUGGAUCACUGUGCUUGGCCUUCUCAUGCUCUCGACUGCCUUCAUUUUCGUGAGAGUGUAUGGUGAGCUUGAGUUUGGCUUCUCCAUCCUGAAGAUCAUGCUUGUUAUUGGAAUAAACAUAAUGGCAUUAGUGAUUACAUGUGGAGGUGGUCCAAAAGGCGAAGCUAUUGGAUUUGCGUAUUGGAAAGCUCCUUACGGACCUUUCGUCCAGUACCUGGGAGUGGGUGGAUCUCUUGGGAGAUUUCUCGGAUUCUGGAAAACGUUCGACAAUGCCCUUUUCGCCUACUCCGGUAUUGAGAACAUCACUCUUGCUGCCGCCGAGACCCGCAACCCUCGCCAGUCUAUCCCCAUGGCCGCACGUCGGAUCUUCGUCCGCAUUCUGUUGUUUUAUGUUAUCACAAUUUUCAUGGUUGGCCUGAUUGUAUCAUCCGCCAAUGAACACUUGCUGGGAUCGACUGGAACCGCCUCCCAGUCACCCUUUGUGAUUGCAGCCCGGGAAGCCGGGAUCAAAGUGGUUCCCUCCAUCAUCAACGCGGUUGUUCUCACUUCCGCCUGGUCAUCGGGUAACUCAAAUAUCCUUGGUGGUUCUCGUAUCCUUUACGGUAUGGCCAAACAAGGCUUUGCCCCCGGCAUUUUCACACGUAUCAAUCGCUUCGGUGUCCCCUGGGUUGCCGUCGCCCUCUAUGCUGUCUUUAUGUCACUUGGAUACAUGACCCUGUCCAGUUCAGCGAGCACAGUAUUUACAUGGCUGCAAAACCUUGUGUCGAUCUCCACGUUGGUGAACUGGAUCUGCAUUUGCGUCACCUAUCUCCGAUUCUACUACGGUUGCAAAGCGCAAGGAAUCAAUCGCCACAAGGAGCUUCCGUGGGCUGCGCCCUUCCAGCCUUAUAUCACUUGGGUUUCGCUGGUGAUCUUUGUCCUCCUCUUCUUUACUGGAGGAUUCACGACUUUCAUGCACGGCCAUUGGAAGACCGAAACCUUUAUCUCGACUUACUUCAAUCUACCAUUCAUUGUGAUCGUAUAUGGGGUUUACAAAUUCUGGAUGAAGACCAAGAUCAUUCCGUUGGCAGAGAUCCCCAUUCGACCUUUCAUCGAAAGCUGGCACAACAACCCUGAGCCAAUGCCCAAACCUAAGCGUGGCCUUCGGAAACUCAAUGUUUUAUGGUCAUGA